UGUUUGGAGCAGUCUGGAAGCAAAGGGGGUUUCGCAAAAUUGACGGCUCCCCCAUUCAGCAUUAUAAUCAGAUUUUGGAGUUGCUACACGCAAUGAUGCGUCCCAAGCGUUUGGCUAUUGUUUAGUGUCAUGCCCACCGCAAAGGUCGUGAUUUUGUUAUUCAAGGCAAUGCGGCCUCUGAUGCGGCAGCCAGGGCGGCUGCGCAGGUCAGGACUGCUCAUCUUUUGCCUAUGGUGACUAUAGAGCUGGACCUUACUGUUUCUGAUCUGGUGGCCCUGCAGGAGCGUGCGGGCCCCUAUGAGGCCUCAGUGUGGCUAAAAAGGGGGGCCUCUAAGGAUGCUAAUGGUCUGUAUCGCAACCAUGAGGGGCUUUUGGCCGCACCUCUGUCUCUGGUGAACAUUUUGAUAACGGAUGCGCAUGGUCUUGACCAUUGCACAAGGGGGGAGGUGUUUUUACACCGCAAGGUUUCUGGGCACCACAGCUGCAAGCAAUGGUGGAUACAAGGUUGUCAGAAUGUGAGGUGUGCAUUAAGAACAAUGUACGCAAAGCAAUCACAGCCCCAGUAGGGCACAUUCCAGUGCCGGAGGGACCGUUCAGACACUUGGUGAUGGACUAUGUGGACAUGGGAAAAACAGCAUAUGGAAAGCGAUAUAUGUGUGAUUGUGGACAGGUUCAGCAGACGGGUGGAGGCAAUACCGUCCAAGGACAUGGGGGCGAUGACAGUGGUGAAAUUCCUGAUCAGAGAGGUGAUUCCGAGGUUUGGGAUACCAACUGAAAUCAGCUCUGAUAAUGGAGCUGCAUUUGUGGGGAAAGUUACUAAGUUAGUGGUUCAACAGCUGAGAAUAAAACAAAGGUUGGGAUGUGUGUAUCACCCUCAGUCGCAGGGCAUGGUGCAGAGAGUGAAUGGCACACUUAAGCAGAAGCUGAAUAAGAUUUGCGCCACCACGAAAAUGAACUGGGUAGAUGCACUGCCAACAGCCUUGAUGGCGUAUCGGAUGGAAGCGCACAGGGUGACGCAUUUGUCUCCACAUGAAAUGCUGACAGGGAGACCAAUGCCUGGAUCGACUUGGAGGGGGCCGUAUAAGGGACCCAGCCUAGAUCAGCUGGGGGAUGAAUUAAAGUUGUACAUGAGGACGUUAACCAAAAUACACAAAGCUAUUUCCAAACAGGAAAGGGAGAAAGCACAGAAAGAAGACACAGACCAGAAGGAGCCAGUCAUCUUUCCAGGAGAUAAAGUCUACCUGCGAGUGUUCCGGCGAAAGUGGCACAAGCCCCGACGAGAGGGACCCUUCAAGGUCUGGGGGCACAGCAGGACCACAGGUCAGGUGAGUUCAGAACAACUGACUUCACUGAUUCAGCCUUGUCCUUUUAUGCUGAAUAACCUCUCAGAUAACAAUGAGCGAAAGCGGAGAGAUAGGGAGGAGAUAUGGGUGUGAGGAGAGUGAGCAAAUUGUAGAAUAUACCCAGGAUGAAGUAGACCUGGAUGGGUUAGCAAAACGUAUGCUUGGAAAUUGGUGGUAUAAAUAGGCUAAGUAUACCGCCGCUUCAUUAGGGCAGGAGGGUUGUGUGUUGUGUGCAGGUCCUGACCCUUCAGUUAGAGUAGUCCCAUUCCCAUACACUAAUAAACAGUGUGAAGAAUGGGAAAUGGAGAGGAUUAUAAGAUUCUGGAAGAGUCUGUGUCAGGAGGGGCAGGCCCCUGAGAAAGACUGCAGACCCAUAUCUAACCAGUCAGAGCGCAUACCAUACUGCCCAUAUCAGUGUCUGAUAUAUCAGGGAAAUUCUAAAUA